ACAAAGCGUACAUUUAAAAACAUAAUAUAGUAUAGUCAAAUUCACCCGCAUAGAAUAUGUGAAUAAUAAGAAGGUUUUGAUAUUUAAUGUAUAACAGACAAGUCGGUAGUUAACGUUAAUAUAUUCGUUGCACACUCCCGUCCACUGGUGUCAGUAGCGCACCUAAAAUCUGUUGACAACCUGCAAAUGAAUCGACAAAGGAAGAUGAUAAAAAAGGAGGAGGGUCAAAAGGAAGAGGUUACACAAGUGUGCUAAUUGUCGAUAUAUUUACCCAGUCUAACAGUUUUACUGUCAUCAGCGGAAUACAUGGUUAUAAUUUCUUCUACCGACACCCAGAUGAGAGAAGCGGCGACGCCACAGAACGAGAAGAGCCGAUAACGGGUCUCACGCUGAAAUGGCUGACAAUGAAAUCGACUACAACAUUGUGUUUCCGGAUGCGGGGACAUCAGAGAGACACUGGAAGGGGACAAAGGAGCCGGUGGUGAUACUUUUGGGCUGGGCAGGGUGCAAAGACAAGCAUCUGUCCAAGUACAGCGCCAUCUACAACGAGCAGGGAUGUGUCACCAUCCGCUACACCGCCCCCAUGAGGACACUCUUCAUCUCUGAGUCGGUUGGCUACAAAGAGCUGAGCAACACAGCCCUGAAGCUCCUUGAGAUCCUCUUUGACUAUGAGGUGGAGAACAGUCCUGUUUUCUUUCACAUAUUCAGUAAUGGUGGCUUCAUGGUGUACCGCUACAUGGUGGAGUUGUUGCACACUGACAAACAGUUUAGUUCCUUGUGUGUGGUCGGGGCUAUAGUUGACAGCGCUCCAGGUAGCCGGGACAUUAGAGGGGCUUUAAAUGCACUGUCGGCCAACUUGGGGACGCACAUAAGUAUUUUUUUACGCUACAUCAUCCUGGCUGUUUUUGCAGUGUCUGUUUUCCUGCUGCGUGUCGUGCUCUACCCGCUGACCAAGUACAUACACAAGAACCACUAUGACGCCGUGGAGGACGAACCGCCCGCCUGGCCUCAUUUCUUCCUCUACUCCAAAGCCGACCAAGUUGUCAGAUACCGGGACGUCGAGCUCUUUGUGGAGUCCUUGAAGCGGAAGGAUGUCCCCGUGGACAGUUUUGAUUUUGUCUCCAGUUCACAUGUAGCCCAUUUUCGCAUUUUUCCAGAACAGUAUGUCAGCAUGUGUCUGAAGUUCUUGGGUGCCUGCAUGAAGGACUUGGGGGAAACCAAGGUGAGGAAGAGGCACCAGAUUCAAGAGCAGUGACACUCAGGAGAUUUUUGCUCACAGUAUUUGUCCCAGCUGAAUGUUAGUGUUCCAAACGUGGUCUGUGUAACGUGCUUGGUCUCUCUUUUCUUAACACUGUAACUGGUUAACACUUAUGACACUGAGUCCUAAUGAAGUCCACUUACCAUUCACCACAUAUAAAAAUGACCACUGUUAAAGACAGGCAAUCGCAUAGGAUGAUGAAGAGUUGUAUUUAUUAUUGCUGAGAAAUGUGUUGAAUGGUAGACAAGUUGUCAUGGUUUCAGGUUAAUGGGACUAGUUUUUAUUGAAAACAUAUCUGUAAAUGGUAGUUAAAGAUGUAUGUUAUUGGGUUAAUCAUUACUGAUUAUAACACGUGUGAGGAUGACAAUGUUGGAGGCAGAUUUGAAACAUUACCUUUAUUCUGAAAUGUUUGCAGUGAUCUAUGAUUUAGAGUUUACUGAUCUGAAGAAAAGAUGUGAUUUGACUCGGAAUGUAUGUGGUCAACACAAACUGUUCCUUUUUAACUGAUGUGCCUUCAGUAAAGAGUGAUCAUUGAAAUCAUCAAA